AUGUUUAUUUAUACUGCUGUCAAAGUUACUGUUGGCGACGUUAAAACAUUCAAAAGUAUAUUAGUCUAUGCCAUUGAUGCUGCUAAAAGUGUUGGACCAACCACAUUUGUUAGUAUCUUUAUAGAAGGAAGACCAAAAUCAAUAACCUCUGGAUUCCUAAUUGCAAAAUUAGUAGCAUAUAAUGCUAUUAUUUUAAGACCGACAGGCGACCGUAUGCCACUUGUUGGUUUCGGUUCAUGGGAAUUACCUAAUGACAAAGUUGCCGAUAGUAUUUAUCAAGCUUUAAAAAAUGAUUAUCGAUUAUUGGAUUGUGCGGCCCUUUAUGGCAAUGAGAAAGAAAUAGGCGAUGGGAUUAAGAAAGCGAUCGAUUAUGGAAUUGUUAAACGUGAUGAUAUUUUCAUCACAUCCAAGUUAUGGAACACUUUUCAUAAAAAAGAACAUGUUAGACCAGCUCUUGAGAGAACCCUUAAUGAUCUUAAAGUAAAAUAUUUAGAUCUUUACUUGAUCCAUUUCCCUAUCUCUUUGAAACAUGUUGAUCCAAAAGAACGUUAUCCUGCUGAUUGGUAUUACGAUACCAAGAAUAAGACUUGCAUUCAAGAAAAUGUCACCAUUAGAGAAACAUGGGAAGCCAUGGAAGAAUUGGUUGAUUCUGGAUUGGUUAGGAACAUUGGAAUUUCUAAUUUUAAUGCAGCGUUGAUAAUGGACUUGUUGAAAUAUGCACGUGUCAAACCAGCAGUUCUACAAAUAGAACAUCAUCCAUACUUGACACAAGAACAAUUGGUAGAUUAUGCAAAAUCUCAAGGUUUGGCAGUGAAUGCCUACUCAUCUAUACGUUCAAGUAGUUAUGGACCGAAAAAAGACGAGAACUCUCCUCAAUUGUUAAAAGAACCUAUAUUGGAACAGAUUGCAAAGAAAUAUAACAGAUCUACUGCUCAGGUGGCACUUCGUUGGGCAGUUCAACGUAAUAUCGUGGUUAUACCAAAGUCAACUAAUCCAAGUAGACUUGUUGAAAAUCAUAAAGUCAUAGAAUUUACUUUGACCGACGAGGAAGUUAAAGCAAUCUCUUCAUUGGACAGAAAAUUAAGAUUCAAUGAUCCCGGUACAACAUUUGGAAUUCCUAUUUUCGCUUGA